UUAAUUCCAGGGUUUCCAAAACAAUUAGCUACAGGUUUACACUUCCAAAAACAUGAAGUUCAAGUUUCCUCUGUGCGGUUCAAGUUGUUUCUCAUCCUCUAGAUCAAAUUCAAAGCCCACCAUCAGUACAACUAGUCCAGGUGAACAGAACCAUGGCAACCUGCGAAUUUUCUCUACUCAAGAACUGCAAAUCGCUACUCGUGGCUUCUCUUCCUCAAACAAGAUUGGAGAAGGAGCCUUCGGUUCUGUGUACAGGGGCCACCUGGCUGAUGGUUCUGUUGUAGCUGUAAAGGUUCUUUCUGUGGAGAUCGAAUCGAUGCGUGGAGAGAGAGAAUUCAUAUCUGAGUUAGCUGCACUGUCUAAUAUAAAGCAUGCAAAUCUUGUUGAACUUCAAGGAUGUUGUGUUGAUGGAGCCAACAGAUAUUUGGUCUUCGAUUACAUGGAAAACAAUAGCCUGGCACAGACCCUACUCGGCAAAGAGCAAAACAGGAUGAAAUUUAGCUGGGAAGCAAGGAGGGAUAUUUCAUUAGGAGUUGCUCGUGGGCUGGCCUAUCUUCAUGAGGAAGUUCAACCCCAUAUCGUGCAUAGAGAUAUAAAAGCAAGCAAUAUACUUCUUGAUCGAAAUUUUGCUCCCAAAGUGGCUGAUUUUGGUCUUUCCAGGAUACUUAGAGACCAGGCUUCACAUAUUAGUACUCGGGUUGCAGGCACAUUAGGAUACCUUGCUCCAGAAUACGCCAUUACAGGACAUUUGACACGAAAGUCGGAUGUUUACAGUUUUGGAGUACUGUUGUUGGAAAUUAUCAGUGGGCGAUCAGUUGUGGAUUUUGACUUGGAACUUGGCGAACAUUACCUAGUUCGAAAGGCAUGGCAAGCCUACAAGAGCAACAAACUUAUGCAGGUAGUAGACCCUGCUCUUAAAAUGAACUUUCCAGAAGAAGAAGCUUUUCGGUUCUUGAUGGUCAGCCUACUUUGCGUGCAAGAAACAGCCAAGCUCCGUCCACAUAUGUCAAUGGCCGUGAAAAUGUUGACUAAUGAAACUGACAUCAGAGACGUUCAGAUUUCUCAACCUGGACUUGUUCCAAAUCUGAAGGAUAUCAGAUUACCUCAGAAACACACAUCUGAAAGCACUUCCUCCGGGGGAUCAACCAUCAUGAGCUUGCCUAGUACUACAUAUUUUUAGUCCAUUACGCCUGUUAUAGAGACGGAGAAAGGGAAAGAAAAUAUUGUUUUUGCUUGUAUGAUAUCAAAAGGGGAAAAAAAAAAAAAAAAAAAAAAAAAUAUAUAUAUAUAUAUAUAUAUAUAUAUAUAUAUAUUGUCAAACUUCUUUUUUUUUUUCUUUUUAGAUUUUUUCAGUGUUACAGAUUACUAAAUAAUCUUAUCAAACACACAGGAAUUUACCAUGUAGGAAUCAUAGUUGAAUGUUCAUUCGUUGGAGGGUAACAAAUAAUAGUGGAAGCUUUCUUUAUUUUCUCUUCAA